AUGCCUCCACAAACUGUCUCGGUGCGGGCCCGACAACGUGCAAACUGGGACGCUAGCACUUGUUUGAGCAGUCAGCUACGGAGUGUUUUGAGUGAUGGAUUUUGUUGUAGUGGUGUGUUGAUUGCACGAGGCUUUCUUCUCUCUCCAGCCUUCCUUGUUGCACCGUUUUACUCAUCAGCGGAUGCUUUGAACAGAGAAGUAGAGGUGUCAGCACUGGUUGUCGGUCCACAUCAAAAGAAGAAUGGAGAGACAUCGAUUGAAGGAAAAGGAGAAAAGAUGUUUCAAUGGGUUGCAUGCACUGUCGUUCGAUUAUUUAGAAAUGAGGGUUUUUAUCAGUUAAUGCAAAAAUAUUUUCCUGAAAGUGAAUUCAAUCAUUUUUCAUCAUAUAAAAUUGAGUCUGGAGUAGAUGAGGAACUUCGAGACUUACAGUUGGGGUCAGGGAUUAGUUUCUCGGAUUUUCUUAUCCUUCAACUAGAGCAAUGGCCUUUUAGUGCAUCGUUUGAUCCCUUGAUUUGUGCUGGAUCUGUUUCUAAGGCCGACCGAGUGUACGUCUACGGCUGUCCUUUUGGGUGGACGUUACCCGAAGUCUUUCACGGCAGCGUGUCGUCUGGCAUCGUGUCUAACAUGCUUGGUCCGCGUCAUGAAAUGCUCAUCACCGAUGCUCGGUGUGUGGAUGGAAUAGAAGGAGGCGCAGUGACAGUUAGUGUUGACAACGAGGAAUGUCUCGUCGGUGUUGUAGUCACUCGAAUCAUGGGCAAGUCUGAUGCAUGUGCGUCCAGUCUGGCUUUGGUUUGUUCGAUUGACAGCAUUAGAAAGUCAUUGGAUGCAUCUGAACCUCAACUUGCUUCAAUUUUGUUUGACAGUUUGAAAACACGUGCUGAUGUUUUCCGAGCAAAUAAGGCAGUGGACAGUGUGGUACGCAUUAUUGCUGGUUGUAAUGCAGGGUCGGGUGUCAUUAUCGAUUCUGACCUAAAUCUUGUGUUGACCUGUGGUCAUGUAGUCCAGUGUUCCACCACUUGUGUUCACGUGCAAUUUCCUUGUGAACAAACUGAUGGUGCACACUCGAUUUGCUCUGCCGAUGUCGUGUGGAUUUCUGACGUGCCGGAUAUUGCUGUACUGAAAUUAAACACCUCGGCUCGACUACGGUCUCUUACUCUGUAUGCCGGUGAUCCAUAUGCUCUCACACAGUCUAGCAUUUAUCUCAUUGGUCACAUAAAACUAUCCCAUCGUGACACUGGAUUGACGAUGACUCAUGGCAUUGUAUCGAAUGUUGUUUGUGAUGGCACUCAACCUGUUAUGCUACACACGUCAGCUGUAAUUGAUGAAGGGGCAAGCGGAGGAGCCGUAAUCAUAGGCAAUACGAAUGAGUUGGUGGGUAUAGCAGCAUGUAACGUGAGCGAUGAAACUGGUCAUAUGAGAUAUCGUGAUAUCAGUCUUGCUAUACCAGUGACUUGGAUUCGGUCGGUCAUACAAAAGAUCAAGAGAAAAGGACAGCUUAGUGAUGCCCGACAAUAUUUAUUGAGCAGUGAAACUGCAAAGCUCCUUUGGCAAUUGCAGAGCAAACGAGACCAUCAGACUCUAAAGUCAAAGUUAUGAUUUCAUAGUAAAACACUUUUCGUUUGCAGUAAAGGACUGAGAUAACAACAAAGGUAAAUUGUGUAUGUUUUAUUAAUUUCACAUAAAAUGCUUGUUUAUACUGACAUUAUCAUUGUUUUGUUUGAACAGAGGCAUGACAAUACUAUACAUGUAUGGACGACUUUGCUCAAUGGCAGAGUUAAACUUGUAAGGAAGUUGGUAUUCUAGUGUGAUGACUCGUUGUCAUUGAUGACAACUAUGAUGCCUCCAGUCUCAACAACCCAGUGUAGCCAAAAGUCAGAGCGCCUGUUUGGCUGUACUGCAUAGUUGCUCUGAGCUGCACCAGACUGUAAGGAUAUGAGUUGCUAAUAAGUUAUGGCACAUUGUGCAAUACUUGGUAUUAGCCUUGCAGAAACUCGAACUGUCAGUACAGCCACAGAAAGGGCAGUAAAUCAGUUCAGUCUAGACUGACUGGAAAGGACUAGGUUAUGUGGUUAGUUUGGUCAACCCACAUGGCAGCCUCCUCCAGAUUAGUGAAGUCUGCUAUGAAUAGCAAUUAAUUUAACUUAAUGAAGAGAGUCAAGGCUGAAGUAUUGGAUAAUACAGAAAAAGCAUCCAGGACUGAUAGAAUACCAUAGAUACACUUUGUGGGUAUACGUAAGUAUAAUUGACCAUCAGAGCAGGCAACAAAAGCAUACAGAAUGCAUGCAACACCCACUAAACAGUAAGCUAUUUAGUAAAGACAUGGACAAUGACAUACACUACAUGUAUUGCACAUUUACGUAGUCAACAGAUAGACAAUUGACUUGUUGGAAUAAAAUAAAAAACCUGGACCAAUUAGUAACGAGUUUGGGUACACAACCACGUACCCACCUCAGAUACAUACAUCUCAGAUUUCCCUGGAUUUACGCAAAGUUUCUGUGCCAUCUAUAUUUGAACAGAUGGCUGCAUGUAAAACAUGUGAUCCUUUCGUUUUCCACAAAUUAUGUGUAAUAAAGCGGUAGAGUGAGGUGUUAGUCAAGAGUAGGCGGUGUCUUCAACUGGUCACAGCCAGAAUCUUAGUUCAUAUGCUAGCGUCUACAGUGCCAUCGUUUAUUUGCUUCCUCUAUUGGUGUGACACAUAGUUGACAAUAAUUGUUGCUAAGUUUUGGACUGUAGUAUCAUUAUGGUUGUGCUCUUGAUCAUGACUGGUUUGACGCUGUCCGUCAGCAUCUUCUUCAUGUUUCACCGCUUAUUCCUCACGGCGGUUGAGAAUUUUAAUAGUAAGAGUCCUCGAAAGAACCGUUUCUUCCGCGCGGCUUGUGAAUCUACUAGUGAUCCCAAGUUCAUGUGCACUCAACAAUCGAAAGCUACGGGAGAUGGAAACGCUGUGAAGUCGUCUGUCAAUUUCGGAAAUGAUGACGUUUCGUGCACUAAUGUCGGUUCGACACAGCAAUCUGUGUGCGUCCGAGAGGUGCGUGAGUCACGACAGGAUGUGACUCCCCCCAAUCAGGGCUUGACAACAGAGAAUAAGAGCACUACGGACAUCAAUUUGUCGGCCGGAUCUGCCAAUCUAGAUGUAUCAAAUUCGGACGUGGAUAGUGGGACAUCCGCAAGUGUUGGUUUGAAGCGGAUGGCGGUACCGGUUGUGGGCACUGCAUCUUCUCAGAGCCUUCAUUUUGCGGUUAUGAAGAAUACUACCAAGAAUAAGACACACAGAGGAGAAGACAGUGUGCACCAGUCCCAGUCUGAUAUCAUGCCGACCAGACAAGAAUUGGAGGAAUUGGAUGAGGAAUUGGAUGAAGAGGAUGCUUCAGCCGAGAUAAUUGGGGACUCCGACUACAUCGAUCCAGCCAAAUCAGCCCAGUCUCAACAUUCACAUGUAUCAUCUUACACUCAGACUGACAGCAACACAAUGGCAUCAGUUCAGCCUCAACUUUUACCUCAAAAGCGAUUUCUGUACAAUUUCACAAACCCUCGCUGUCCUGAUUUUCGAAUUGCAAUGUCUGAAAAGUACUCUUUGAUGCAACAGCAAGACAAUCAGUCACAGUGUUGCAAUGAAUUGUCUCUUAGGUAUCAUGAAGAAUCGCAGGUGAUGUCACUGCUGAACUUACUUGAUGUCACCUACUCUAUAGUGAGAAGAGCCACUGGUGCAAUGCAGUCUAGAGUACAGGGUCUGACCAAGUCAUGAACAGCUAAUUAUUAAUUAAAUUAGAGUAGUUUGUGCAUAUUUUCUUCACAAGCAAACCACAAGGGCCUGAAACCUAUGGGGCCCAAUGCCUACACAUCUGAGUGUAACUUUGUAAUUCACGUGUACCAUUGGAUGAUCUGUUAGAGUUGUAGUUGUUGUGCAAAAAUCUUUGGAGUCUUUUAUAUUUUCAAGUUGGCCUCUCUACUGUAUCAACAAAAUUUAAUUAGCACUGUACACUCUGUAUAUACAGCUACAUGGCUUCUCUAUGCAAUUUAUGUUUCUGAUUUACACUUGA